AUAAAUAGGGUUGAAUUUCAAAGUAGGUUUCAAGCAUUUGAAUAACCUGAAUCGUGUGCAUGUUAAUUUUUGUUAAAGGUGGAUGACCUAGAUAUUUUCAGGUGUUUGAGGAAAAAAUUCGGAAUAUUAACUCAGUAAUAUACAUCUACUGCUAAGAUCAUAGCUUUUAAAGUGCAAUAAUGUUUCGACAAGAAGUAUUGAAAAAAUAUUGAUUAAAUUGAAAAAUCAAACUAUUUCUGCUUUUUCUAAAAUAUAUUCAUAGCAUAACAAAAUUAUAGUUUCAACAUUUAAUUUAAUUCAAGAGUCUUUUUUUUUUAUUUAAAUGCCCUUGAGUCAUUGUAAAAAAUUUGCCUCUCUAUUUACAUAAAUACAUUUUUCGUAUAUUUCAUUUCAGUAAUUUAAACCAGCAAAUCGGGGGACUAAUGGCAAAAUGAAAUAACUUUCUUCAAUAGUGCAUUCAUGCAGGAUUUUACAUGUAACAUUAUAUAAAAAAGUGUGCAGGGUGGUGUUUGUUUGUUCCUAGUUAAAGUGAUCACGCACCAUGAAAUAGAACAUAUUAAAAAAAAAUUCAGGUCAUAUCAUUAAAUUAUAGUACAGAUGUUAUUCAUUCAUUAAAGAAUUUGUGAUUUUAUAGAAACGCAAUGCCUGAACAGGCAUAUGCACUGGAUUUAUGCAAAAGAAAUAAGGAUGAUAAUGAUGGCGGUGAAGAAACGGGAAAGAACCAGACAGCUACCUCAACGUUAGUAUCAGCUGGGGACCAGUCAACUCAGGAAAUACGUUACAAGUUGCGACUCAUUGCAGACAGUCGGGUAGAGAAGUACGGACUUACAAAUGGCUACGAAUCUCUUGAAUACGACAAUGGGGAUGACGAUGAGAGUUUAAUUGUUGGCAACACGGACAGUCAAGACCUUGAAGAACUUGUGCCACAAGACCUCAGUUCAAAGGUCAAGGUCACACAGAAUGACCUGGUGUUGGAAAGGUCAGCUCGAGGUGAUAGUAAUGCAAACUCACCACAGGCAGGGAAUCAUGAGUUAAAUGACAUUUCAGCUGAAACCAAAGAAAAUCUUGAACAGCAUUCAAGCAGACAUUUCAAAGGAGAUAGUUUGGAGUGUCCUGUAUGUCAUGUGACUUUCAAAUCAAAAGAUGUGCUUCAUGAGCAUUUACUCACAACCCAGGACAUUCUGCACAUGAAAGUCAACAUCGCACAGCAAGACAUAAAUAACCGCAAGAGACAUCUAGACGAAGACAACAGGUCUGUAGAUUCUACAAGUCCUACUUCUCAUGAUACAGUUUCCGAGCACUCAGAUUUCAAUACUGACAGAGAUAACGAAAUGGCCAGUAAACGUCCACGAGAUGAACGACUAUCACCGCAGAGUCAGUAUCUUAGCGCAUUGCCUCCACAUUUAACGCCAGUAAAAGAAACAAGCUACGACAGUCAUAUGAGAGCGUAUGAAGCCUCGUUAAAGUCUUCAAACAGUGAGAUGGUAGACCCACAUGUAUGCCAGGUGUGUUCGAAGAUGUUUCCAAAGCCAAGUGAUCUGAAACGUCACAUGAUGUGUCAUACUGGAGAGAAACCGUUCAGAUGUGAGUAUUGCAAUAAACCAUUUCGAGCCAAAAGUAGCAUGCACUACCAUCUGAAAGCUACUCAUGGAGUGGAGAUAGAGUUGAGUCCCGGUCUAGAAGAACGCUACCUCCGCAUGAAAACUCGUGCACAGAUGAAUCUCCUUCAAAGAGGUCACCUAACGGGCCUACCACAAAUAUACGGGUCAGAAUCAGGAAAUUACCGCAGGGAAAAUGUUGAUUUUGAUGAUUUAGAUGAAGAUGCCAAGUCGACUGAUUCUUUUUGUCAAAAUAUGGGUACUGGAUCGGAUCUUGCAUUAGACACAAUAUCUCAGGGUAAAAAUGGUGAAACGGGUAAUGAUUCUAAAUUGGCAUUAGAUUUGAGCAAGUCGGGGAUCAGUAAUUUGACAAGUAGUGAAGUGCAGUCCACCAGUAAAGGCGAGGGAAUUGGUUUUGUCGAGGCACCAUUUAAGAGAAGCAGAUUAAGUGUUCAGAAUGAGACAAUCUUAGUUACCAGAUUAGACGGCCUUGACAUGAUCCGUGGAAAAAAUUCUUCUGUAUUCAAAUGCUACCUUUGCAGUGAAAUGCUUCCUUCCUUGGGCAAAAUGCAGAAUCACUUAUCAGUACAUUAUCAUAAAAAUAACGUUAAUUAUCAGUGUUGUUUUUGUGACAAAAUAUUUCAGCAGAAAGCUUACAUGCAGGACCAUAUGAGACGCAAGCAUUCCUCGGAUAUCUCAAGCUUAUGUAAUACCAAAGAUUCUUCAUUGAUAUACAAUGGUCAGUUAGAUGAGGACAGUUCGUUAUCAUGCAGAUUUUGUCUAAAAAAGUUUGAUAAUAUGAUCUCACUUCAUAAACACACACGCCUUCAUACCUGGAGUAAGAAUUAUUGUUGUAAGAUAUGUGGCAAAACAUUCAGCCAGUACACCAGUCUGCAGAUGCACAUUUCAAGACUUCACUGGAAAACUGCCGGAAAAUCCAAAGUGAGGUCAUCUUGGGUCAGAAGCAGACGGCACUUUGUUUGGAGAUUACCACCAAAGCUUCAUAAUGUUUUUCCUACAAAAGCAUCGGAACCUUUAAAUCUUAUGCGUAAAAGUAAAAAUCAAAAUAUUUCAGCGCUGCCAAAUCAAAAUUUCACCAUCGUAAUGCCACGGUCCCCAUCAACAGCAGACGGCAAUAUCUCUGAUGUAGCAGAUGCAGGUUUUUCCCAGCAUUCCUCAGACAAUAACUGGUCAGAAUCAAUGUCAGACAACCCUUUGCAUGAUACAGACGAUGGUGAUGUUGAAAUAAGAACUGCCCCGAAAAGGUCACUACUGCCAUUGAGGCGUGACAUGUCACCAAGGGGAAGAACCUCAAGAAAAUCCACACCAGUUCAUUUAUCAUAUCAAAACCACACAACCUCAGACAAUGAUUUACCUCUCAAUUUUUCAAAAUCUGACAGAAGUCCUCAGGAUACCAAUAACAAUGAGGCAUCAGAUGGCGCUUGUAACGGGGUAUCACCAGAGCUACAGCUACCCAUCACUGCCAGUAAUCCAGAAGCGAUCAUGCCUGGGUAUGCACUUGGCACCACCAAUCAUCUCCUGAUGGCAAAGGCUUUAGCGGCCCAUCAAUCACUUACUCAUCAUUUAAACAAUACCUCACAACCAAUGAUAUUUCCUCCAAACCACCUACCUCCGAGUCUAGCGGCAAUGAACCAGAUGAUGUCACUGCCAGUUAGCACACCCCUCAUGCCAGACCAACAUGCUGGUACCAGUAAAUCACCCUCGCCGGCCAGUCAUUCAUCAUCAAAAUCUGAUACCUCACCAGAAGAUCGUGACAGCAAGGACGGUAUACGUGAAAGUAUUCUCGGUUAUCCUAGGUUCCCGUUGGGUCAGGAGAAGGCUGGGCCUCUUUGGUCGUUCAACAUGUACAGUCCCCCAGAUACAGGUCAUACUGAUGGACGCAAAGUUACAUCUUUAUCUAGGACUCAUUCAAGACUUGGAAUUGUGCAAUCACCCAUCAACCGGGAAGCUAUGUGCAAAGCAACCACGCUAACAGACGGACGUACGGUAUAUAAAUGUCCAUUCUGUUCAAAAGAGUUUGUAUCCUAUUCAGAUAUCAAUCGGCACAUGGACUUCCAUGAAGGUAAGAUAAAAGACAUACGGCCGUACAAAUGUCAUUACUGCGACUACUACGCGAGAACGAACAGUCAGCUCAAGGUCCAUAUGAUGAGACAUCAAGGGAUAAGAGAGUUUUGUUGCAAACUCUGCAACUACAAGGGGGUCACUCAGUCUGACCUGAAUCGGCACAUGAAGUCCCAGAUACACAUGUUGAAGUCCCGUAAUGCAUGCACUUAUUGUGGGGAAGGGUUUGUGACUACGAAAAAUUUAGAAAAACAUCUCGAUGGCAACUGCAUUGUGAAAAUGCAGAAACUACACGGUGGACUAGAUCUACCUCUGCAAGAAAGAGUAGCUUAAAAGAGCUGAAUUUUAUCUGUAUUUGAAAAAGAUGAGGCUAUUUUUAUCUUCACCAAAAAGAGUGAAGUGGACCAAAACUACCUCUAAAUGGAGAGUAUCUUCUAAGGGGAGAUAAUUUAUGUUUGAAGGGAUGAGUAGUCUAGGUUGUAUAUGGUAAAUUAGUUGAUAUUUUGAUUGUUUUUAAUUGACUACCUCCAUGAUGAGAGUUUGCAUUAAUGUCAUAUUAUGUAGUACACAGAAAGGUUGGGAAUUUUUAUCGUACUACCUCUGCCUAAGGAACUAUUUUAAAAUUGCAAGACAUUUAUGCUAAAUCUACCUCAAAGGUAUUUCUUAAAUUUCUCUUUUUUUUCACUUUCACAUCAGCCUACAAACAAAAACGGGUAUGUAGAGGCUGUCCUGUCAUAGCUCUGAUGUUUGGUCCACCAAAUCUGUAGCAGGGUUCUUGCCAUAUUUCGACUUUGAUGUUGCUUGAUUUAGAUUGCAUUUGUACAUCAUUCUUAAGAUCUUGAGAGGUGAUAGUAACUCCUUUGUGAAUUUGAAAGAUAUCUUUAGCAAUAACAUUUUUAUGGCAAAUUUUUUUUUCUUCCCAGUGUCAAAUUCUGUCAUAGGUCAGUUAUUUUUCUCUAUAAAUUUAUUAGGGAGCUGUGGCUUUUAUAUUUUACUUAGAAAUCCUGAAAGUUUUGUAACAGUAAGUAAAGCUAAAACUUCAGUUUUAAUUUUUUUAUGUCCAUAAAGGACUAAAUUUGCUAUGGAAAAUUAUGGACCUCAUCAAAAUCUUUCUUCAAAGAUAAUUCAAAAAAGAAAAUUGAGAAAAUACUAACUCCUGGAGGUUUAUAGAAUGGGUAGCAUACCUUGGGUUUAUAACUCCUGGAGGUUUAUAGAAUGGGUAGUAUACCCUAGGUUUAUAGAGAAAUCAAGGAAAACCCUCGUUUUGGAAAAUGUGGACCAGACUGCAGCAUUUGCAUCAACUUUGAUAACAGUUAAUGAAAAUGUAUCCUUUUUUGAAAGGUUGGUUUAGAAAACUAUAUCAGAAGAAACUCUGUUAUUAAGAUGUUUAUAAGAAGAAAAUAGUUUAUCAUUAUUUAGGAUCAUUGUUAUGUUUGUUUGUAUAUUGCCUUUUUGCAAGUAUUUCUUUUGAUUUUCAAUGUGAUAUUUGUCAUAAUUGAAAUAUAUUUAUAAAGAAAACCAUUCCUUUAUGUGAAUUCCAAUUGCAAGCAUUCCAAGAUGUUUGGUUAUAUUGAUGUUAUUGCUUAUGAUUCUUAAGAUUUUUUUGUUUGUCAAAACAUGAGAGAAGAUAUGUUGAAGAAAAUUGUAAACUGGGAAAUAUGAUAGUGUAGUUUGUUGUGUGAUGUUGGCCUUGACAAAAGCUUGAUAAGUUCACUGACCAUAAUUAUGAGAAACUUGUAUAUUCACUUAUUAGUGAAGAUGUUACGUAUUGCUGGAAUAACCCCUAUUGUUGUGUUUUAUAAAAGGUGUUGUGUUUGUACAGCCUAAAGUGUGAAAUGUAAAUUUAAAUAAUUUCGAGAGGUAAAAUGUUGGCUUUGUGUGGAUUGUUUACUUUGCACAAUUUUUAUUCAGGCUGAUAUAAUUUAUCAUGUGUUUGUAUCAGAAAAUGGGUUGUCAAAAACAUUCAGCAGCUUUGUUGGUUUAAUGUUAUACCCUAAAAGUUAUUGUUAUGCCUUACUGUUAAAUCUAUAAUUAUAGUCCAUUCCAUUGGCCUAAAAGGUACUAGUGAUAAAAUGUGGUGGCGCAAAACAUUGAUAUUGACCUGUGCUAAAGUCCCAGUUAGCAUGCCUGUUAUAAUUCAGCAGUGACGUUUUAACUAUAUGAAGUCCUACACAAAUUUAGACCAUAACACUUGGUCAUAUCUACCAACUUCUGCAGUUUUCCAAUUUAAUGACUCCUUUCUUCAAAUAACCCGAACGUUUUCAAUUUCAAUCAGGAAGCAGUUUUUGCUUUUUAGGGUCCAUUGAUAUGAUGACUUAUUAACCUGUUAAAAAGGAUAUCAGCGUGGGGCUUUUCCCAUUGUUAAUAUCAUUUUUCCUAGAUUGAUAAAUCUUCGUAUCAUCUGACCUGAAAAACAAUAAUUGUACAAAACUUUACUGAGAGGCAGGAGUGUGAAUUUCUUCCGAUUCUAAUUAAGGUUUGUAAUGAUUUAAUUUAAAAGAUUUUGAUAAGGAAAGUGUAACUUUAUUUUUGUCAGAGAUUAUAUUUUAAAGUUGACCUAAAUUGUGCCUAAGAGAUUAUAUGAUACUGGUAUGACAGUCUACCUCAGUUUUAGAUACGUUUUGCAUACAAAGAAAAAACAACUUGAAUUUAUUUCCCAGUUUACAGUUUCUUGCAUUUGCCAUGUUUUGUCAGAAAUGAGUCAAUAUUUCCAAGUUGUAGUUCAAUGUUUUGAAUUAAAGCACAAAUGAUAGGAAUGGAAAUUUUUUACAUUUUUAAAUAUAUGAAUUAAGUCUUAAAACAGGGAUGAAUAUUGUCCAGAAUUUUAAUGUGUGAUGUUUAUAACUUACUUGUUUGGGGGAAUAUGAACACAAUUUGUGAUAGAAUGUUAUGUUUUGUAAAGAUUUAUAUAGAAAAUUAUAACAAAGUAGAAGUAGAACAUUAUAUGACUUACAAGAUAGUAUUAUAGAAUGUUUCAUGUCUGUGUAUUUUUGUCUGUGUUAAUUGUUGAAUCAUUGGAUGUUAAUUGGCACAUUUUGUGAAGUUAGACCAAAGAUGAUCAGGAUCAUAAAAUUCCUCCUUUUUCCCCCCCCCCCCCAAAAAAAAACCAACAAGAAAUAUAAUUAGUAGUAUCAUAACAAAAACGUAUGUCUAUAUAUGUAAUUGUGUAAUAUUUUGAGAGGUUGUAGCUUUACUACUAUGUGCAAUCCUUCUAUAUAAUGUGUCUGCAAAGGUAUAUCGGAGUAAUCUACUGUAAAAUCAUUUAAUUUCAUGGACAUGAAAUUUCAUGGUUUUGGUCAAAACGACAAUUUCUUGGGGAUAUGAAUUUGUGGAUUUCAGCUUUUGAACUUAAAAUGAAUGGGAAUUUUACUUGUUAGUUGGGAUUAAAUUUCGUGGAUUGACUCAAUCACGAAAAUUAGUUGCCCACGAAUAUUAAUACAGUAUUCACGUAGCCUGCAAGACAUAAUUCUACAUGUUUAGAACUUUACAAGUACAAGUAAACUUUUAAUUUAUUACAUUUAGCAUUACCAGACUUACAUAAUGUAUUUGUAAAAAGCUGAAAUCACAAAGUGCAGAAGGUUGGUAUAAAUAAAAGUGUGGAAUAAACCGGUGUUGAGAGCUUUAUUGUAAAUAUGAAUGGUCACCAAACAGUGUUGGUGGCUUGUAAUUUUUGUUUCUUUGUUGUUUUCUGUCCAUUAAAAAUAUAUAUAGUUGUUUUGUUACAUGCCAGAUUUUAUGACUUUUUGUAUUUGAUUUUGUAGAUAUUCUUGUAAUUACAUUUAAUCAAAAUUACAUUAUUUUCCUAUACAUGUUUUCAGAGAUAGACCUACCUGAUUGAUAUUAUCCCAUUAAGUCACAUGUAAUAUAAUUAUGUUGUAGAACCAAACAUGAUUUCAUGCCAUUUUGCCAGUACAGAUAAUUUUGUACCAGAUUUAUAUUUCUUCUGAAUUUGAAAAUUAUUCUUUUGUUGUCAUUUUAAUUCUUACUGUUUGGACACAUUGGAUAAAGUAUGUUUCUGAACUGUAAACUUUAUGUAAUUUUGGGGAAAUAAGAUAGAUCGCUAGAAAUAGGAAAAAAAGUUUACAAUGAAACAAUUUGCUUAAUGUUUUUUUGUUUUGUUUUUUUCUGAAUUCCAUAGUUUGCCUGUAUUCUUUACAAUUAAAGGGCCGACUUGGUUCUCCAGGCAACUUUUAUCAGUUAUCUGCUUACAGCUAUAACAUGGAAAUUUAAUGGCCAUUACGCCCAGCAUGAAUUGCAAGAGAGCAAUUAAUUUGGUCAGUUUUCGGAAUCAGGUGUGUGUUGUUACAUGUUGAAAUUUCACACUAAGCAUGUAUGCUGUAUAAAUAUCUCUGAGAGAAAAUACAAGUUGAACUCUGAAUCUCUAAAAAAUAUUCACAAAAAAAAAAAAAAGAUAAAAAUA